AAACGGGUUCUGGGACAAGGAAAAUGAAAUUUGGUUGCCUUUCCUUCCGACAACCCUAUGCAGGAUUAGUUUUAAACAAAGUCAAAACAGUAGAGACUCGCUGGCGUCCUUUGCUAGCAGACUACAAGAACUGCACCAUUGCUAUUCAUAUAGCUGUUAAGGACUGGGAAGAUGAAACAUGGAGAGCAAUUCUUUUGAAUAGGUUUGGUAUGACACCAAAACAAGUGCAAGAUUUGUUGGAUAAAGGGGAAAAAUUUGGCAGAGGAGUUAUUGCAGGAUUAAUUGACAUUGGAGAGACAUCACUAUAUCCAGAAAACUUGCCUCCUGAAAAGAUUCUGGAGCUGGAAAACAAAGCUGUCCUCAGUAAUCUAGAACAGAAAUACUUGACUGUUGUUUCAAAUCCAAGAUGGCUCCUGGAACCAAUUCCUGCCAGAGGGGGAAAAGGUGUGUGGCAGGUGGACAUCCCCGAAGAAUUGAUCCCUUCAGAAGCGUUAGGUAUAUUAGACGUGCAUAUGAUGGGGGGAGCAGUCUACAGUAUACAGCUCUCUGACACAACAGCCUGUGUUGAAAGGCCUUUAUCGGAAAGAAGGUGCUUGUACAAAAUUAACAACUUUGGCGUGGAAUGGACAAGUACGUAACUAUAUGAUGCUGCCAUGUACCUUCUCAGCCUCCAGCAAAUGCCACAAGAAAACUGCAGAUCUGGUACAGCAAGACACAUAGCAAACACAAAAAAAAAAAAAUCCCAAUACGAUGAGAAUAUCUUUUCAUUUUAUGUGUUCAAAGUAGUUGGAAAUAACCAAUGUGUAUUUUUGCAUAUUUUAUCAGCAUUUCUACUACUCAGAAAUGCUACCUCAAAAACUCCUGAACAUGAGCCGAGAAACAAAAUGACAAUCAGAACAUUUGCUACCGUCCUCAUCUCCUAUGUAGUAAAGGCUUAUUUAAUUGGAACAGAAAUCUGUCCCACUAGAAUAUUCUGAGAGUUAGUUUGCAUGUAGAGGACCCAACAUACCUCCCUAGCUUUCUUCUGCUAGCAAGUCAUUGUGUGAGCCCGAUUUUGGAAAA